GCCACAAGAGUGUUCGUAUCCGCUCCCAAUCUUCAAGGAAUUUCGUUCGAGACACUGCCACGACCCAAGCAGCUGUGCAGGGAGGGUGGUCCCUCUGACUGUGGUCCGUGGGAGUCCCCUCUUCAUUUGACUUGGGCGACAUAGCGACAGUCGCAACUCACGCUGCCGACUUGGCUGUUGACACGCACCAAAGUUGGUACAAGUACGUAAUGGGACACGUCAGGAAGGACAGUCCAUCAUUAAAUCGAUCCGAUCAGCGCUCACACUCCUCCAUUUGCGCAGCUCGUAUGAGCCAUGGAGCGCGUUUCAGCAGUCGACGAAGACCUGGAGUUAGCUGAGCGCAGUGCUAGUCCGCGUAUGUUGCCUCCAUUCCGACGUCCAGCUCCCCCUCCACCUUCUGCAGCACCUCGACGAUCUCUGGAGAAUUCCCUGCCGCGCCGUUCGCUUCUAGCGCCUGAAGUGGCGAGACCUUCGGAUGAGGACUAUGCUCGAGGGCGGGACAGCGAUGAAAGUAAGGGCGGGGAAGAACCUGAGAACGAGAAGCCUAGAGAUCGGAGACCACGGAAGAAACGCCGCAGUCGGAUUCUCAGCGAACUGAGACCUGUGGAUGGACCAGGUAGCGCUCUCCCUAGUGUGCCACCUAUCAACGACGACGAGGUGAGCAGCGAUGACCCAUUGGAAGCGCCAGACUCUGGCGAACGAGCGAAGGAGGUGUUUGCAGCUCAACGAGUAAGGAUCAAGAAGUUGUGGUGCUCUGAUCUACAUAUUUACAUGAAGAAUGCCCACCCAUUGUUUGGAAUCUACGCGGCACACCGACAUCAUCCGUAUAAGCGUGGAGACCGCUUCCUCGUGCUGCUCGUUGCAUUGUGUACGUCGAAGAAAACAUCGAAGGUUUCGAAUCGAAGUGGGCUGAUGUAUAUGCUGUGCUUUUUGCUGUAUAGUGGUGGCAGUGCUGUUGUGUGGGUUGUUUGCGAUUCGAGAUUGUUGUACCGAAGUGCUAGAAGGUCCCGUCGCUGUGGUUAACCGUCGAUUGGGAAUGAAUCAGGGUAUUAGACCGUCAAUUACAGAGGAGAGGACUGCAAUGCCGUUUGCGGCGGAGGAUGGUACUUAUCCGGGUAUUAAGGCAUUAUUCCGGAUUCCUCAGAUUGCGAACAAACAUGAUACGCAGCUGUGGCGCUCGCCAGCGUCGUUAUUAGCGAUUUCCUCGUCGUCAAGCUCCGGUUCAGCGUCAAACUCUUCGUCCAGUUCUGGUAAUUCGACAUCAAGUUCGACUUCCAGUUCACAGUCGUCUUCCAACUCAACUUCUGGAUCUGGUUCUGGGUCGCAGGUAUCCGAGACUGCGACUGUGAAAGUGACGAUGACCGAGCCUUUGAACGGCGAAGUGUACAGUCUUUCAUCAACGAUGCUGAUCGAGUGGCGCGUGACACUGUUAUCUGGUCCGGAUCCAGGACUUGACAAAUUUCGACUGGAUUUCAGCGCUGACAAUGGCGCCUUUGACACGAUCGCAGCAAACGUAUCGACACCAGUGUCAAGUCAAGACGCAAACACAACUGUUUACCAGUUCGAAUGGGAUCUGGCAGGCAAUAUUUCGUGGUUGUGCACAACCUGUGUACUAAAAAUUUGUGCGCUCGAUGUGGAGUCUCUCUCCGAUAAUAGUCUCUGCAUUCGCUCGGACGGACAAAGUGCCAGCAACCAGAGCAAGAGGCGUCUCCAGUCCACUGUGGAAGGAAGUGGCAGUGGCGAGGUCACCUUCCGUAUUGUACGUGAAGCGUUCGAGUGCUCGUGCGGCUUGAGUCACGAGUCUUUCAUCCUGGCAGCAGUGCUCAUUGGCGUCUGUAUCCCCGUUGUUGUGCUUCUCGCCGAGCCCCUGGUCACUUUUUACCGGGAUCGUCAACUUUUUGGGCUUUUUGCACGUCGCGAUGGUCCUAUUCGACCAGUCAUCGCGGGGUAUACAGCACAAUCUGCUACUCGUAAGGGUCGAGUCGUCCUCAUUCUAGCGUUGAUGGCACUUUGUGUGGCUUGUGGCUUCGUGGCAGCACAGAUCACCACGACGAAAUUCCUGACAGAGAAAAGUGCAAUUGUCGUGCUGUGGGUGGUAAUUUUUGCGAUCGCAGUGGCUUUGGGGGUAUUGGUGUACUGCACGUUGCUGUGGUUCGUGUUGUUUAGUGUGCGUUGGUGCUGCGAACGUUCUCACGAACGUGAAUCAUCGGGGCUGAGUCAGUUCCGUAACUCGCUGUUAUCCGAAGACGUCAAUGCGAAAAAUGAAAAUAUUACGAGUCCGAUGAGUACUGGAUGGACGGUGAGGGGAAGUGAAGCAGAAGAAUAUCGUAUGAACAGGUAGAAAUAGAGUUAAAGGUAGAGGUAACUUAGGAUAUAAAGACCAGAGUAGUUGAAGCUCCGGACAAUAAUUUUCAAUUAUUGUGCAAUUAUUGCAAUUAAAAUAGACCAGAGCAGAUAAAAAAUCAGGUA